GCGUUUCAAGCAUUAAGCAUUAAAAACAAAGUUGAGUAGAAAGUAAAAAGAAAAGAAUCGCACAAUGGCUACUGCUUCUUCAAAAAGAUGGCUUCCUCUCGAAGCUAACCCUGAUGUCAUGAACCAGUUCCUUUCUGGUCUUGGUCUUCCAGAGGAUCAAGCUGGGUGCUAUGAUGUUUAUGGAUUGGAUGAAGAGCUUUUGGAAAUGGUUCCGAAACCAGUUCUUGCUGUGCUUUUUCUUUACCCUCUCACCGCCAAGUCUGAAGAAGAGAGGUUGCAACAGAAUAAAGAAAAAAAGGAAUAUAACAAGAAAGUGUAUUUUAUGAAUCAAACUGUGGGUAAUGCUUGUGGUACAAUAGGGCUUCUUCAUGCUCUUGGAAACAUAACUUCUGAAAUCAAGUUCGUUGAGGAGUCGUUCUUUGAUAAGUUCUUCAAAUCUACUGCAAACUUGGACCCAAUGCAGCGUGCUUUGUUUCUUGAGAAUGACUCAGAGAUGGAGGUGGCUCAUUCUGUAGCAGCUACUGCUGGUGAUACAGAGGCAUCAGAUAAUGUGGAUACUCAUUUCAUCUGCUUUGCUUGUGUGGACGGUGAACUUUAUGAGCUUGAUGGAAGAAAGUCAGCACCGAUAUCACACGGUCCGUCCUCACCAAGUACUUUGUUGAAGGAUGCUGCUAAAGCCAUUCAGAGCAUGAUUCAGAAGAAUCCAGAUUCUCUCAACUUCAAUGUCAUUGCAAUAUCAAAGAAAGAGUGAUGGAUAUUAAGGCAAUCUCACUUUGUGUUUUUUAGGGUUAAUUUUGAUUGUCAAGUAACUUCUUGAAGGUAUCUGUAGUAUCUCCAGGCACUCAUGCAGCUCUUUAUUCACUUUAUAUGUGUGCAUGGUUAGGCUUUUAGUUACAUUCAGAGAUCUUGUAAACUUUUGAGCCUCUUCAAUUCAAACGUCUUCUAACA